AUGAGUCCCAGGGCUCCUGGCAAUAACAUGAAUUUGCAGCUGCACGGUGCUGCUGCGCCUGUUGGUCCUGUUGCGCCUGCUGGUCCUGCUGGCCCUGCUGGUCCUUCUGGUCCUGCUCCUGCUUUCCCUGCCAGUCCAUUCGUCCCCCAGCAGGCUCUUCUCAGCGGCUACCAGCAGGACAUGGCACCCCAGCUUGACCCUUCGAUGUCUGAGAGUCCUUUGUCGAUGAAAUCGGAAAUCAUGACACCGGAUGUCUCCAUGGCUGACUUGCUCAGCUUGCCAGAGUCCACGCUGCCACAGAGCGCCAUUCCAACUGAAAACAUGCAACACAGCUUCAUGCCAGAUGGGACUAUUCCAAACGGGAUUAUGCCGCACGAUUUGAUUUCCAAGGGGGCUUUGCCGCACGAUAUGAUCUCCAAUGGGAUGGUGCCAGAUGGUACUAUGCCGGACAUGAUGGAUCCACAGAUGAACCGCCUCGAGGGCUUGCAGGGUCUACCAGGGGUGCCAACGUACACAGACGAGUACCCCUCGAGCAACCACGAACAAGCCUGGUUCCAGUGUUCUUCGGGCGGCCUCGGAAGCAGCGACCUCAGCAGAGCACAGUCGUUAGACAUCGACAGCAACAGCCCAGGCACAAUACACUCGUUCGGGUCCAUGCAAGCGCCACUGAUGGGGUUCACCAGCCCGAUGCCGGUGCAAAUCCACCUUCAGCAUGCACCAGCUCCAUACCCGAUGUCCCCCAGGCCUGGCAGCAACCGCAUCAUUUGCAACAACCGCAGCAACCGCAACCGGUAUACACCGGCCCAGUACGGCCGCGGGAUCUCAGGCCCAGUGCCAGGGCUAGAGUCGCACGCAUCACCGCGGACCAACGCCGAACUCGAACAAGAGGCCCGCCAUGCCCAGCGGCGCAAAUCGCAUAACUCCGUCGAGAAGAGAUACCGGCAUAACCUCAAUGCCAAAUAUCUCCAGCUCGAUUCCGCUAUCAGUAGAUCGGCCUGUUCUUUUCCGGUCGCCGGGGGUUCUUGUCCAGGUUCGGAGGAUAAAGUGCACUCGCAAAUCGCACCUUCAGACCAAGAAGCCGAGGCAGCUGUAAAAAAGAAGGGCGGCCAGCGGGCUUCACAAUCCAAGGCGGGGGUUCUCGCGGGCGCAAUUGCGCGCCUGCAGCAAAUGGCAGACGAGAUCCAUAUGUUGAAGUUGAAGGUGGCUAUGUGCGAGGCUUCUCGUGUUGCAGACUCGCAGCAGGUGCAUGAUGGGGUUGACGCUGAACACGGCGACGAAGACAAGGAUGCGCCGCAUGAUGUCGAGGACGUUUAG